AUGGCAUCGGGGCAUGGUCACGGUAGCAUGUCAUUGAGCAUGAAAUUUAUUCGGCUUCUUAUUGUUCUUUUUAAUUUGGCAUUUAUUGUCGUUGGAGCUGUAGUACUUGCUAUUGGUAUUUAUGUUUUUAAAGAUCCUAAAAUGCAACAACUUGGUCCAUUGCUUAAUCCUGAAAUCGUAUCAUCAUAUUCUCAAAGUUUAUCAAAUUUUCAAGUAUUUGCUAUUGCAAUAAUUAUUAUUGGUGGUGUUUUAUUAACAAUUGGAUUUCUUGGUUGUUGUGGAGCAAUAAAAGGUUUUCGAUUUUUACAUAUUCUUUAUGCAAUUAUUAUUGGUAUAAUAAUUGUUGUUGAAAUUGCCAUUCUUAUCAUUUUUAUUGUCUAUCAAAAUCGAUUUCGAGAAGAGCUUGUUGUUAAACUUCGAGAUUCAAUUGCCAGAUUUUAUGUUGGCACACCAACUGAUACAUCAACAUCUGCUAAUUCAGUUUCACUUUCAUGGGAUUUUGUUCAAUUUAAUUUACAAUGCUGUGGUGCUGUUGGUGUAAAUGAUUUUUCACGUGCUACAAAUUGGGAUAGAAAAAAUCCAUAUCCAGACUAUACAAAUCUAACUGUUCCUUUUACAUGUUGUCCAUUAGAUGCAGCUAAAAGUUGGACUCAAUUGCCAACAAAUUUCUCUGCAGCAAGUACCUGUGCAACAACAGGUAUAAAUGCUUAUUCACAAGGAUGUUAUGAUCGUUUGGUUGAUACAUUAGCUACAUAUAAAAAGAAUGUUAUUAUCGGUUGUGUUAUUGUUGGUGUUGUUGAAAUACUUGCUUUUAUUUUUGCAGUUAUUCUGUAUUGUCGCAAAGAAGAUUAUGCUAGCUUGUGA